AUGGAAACGUUAUCCUUCAGAGAUCCUUGUACAAGAUCCGUGGAAUUUACUAAUGGUGAAUCCAAGUUAAAAAGAAAAGGACUUUAUAUGACAAAAUUUACUUUCUUUUUAAGUACAUUAAUUUUAGUGUUGAUUUCUGUAAUUAUUGGAUUCACAGUGCAUUAUUUAAGUACUUGCAGAUUGACAGAGAAUCCAAAAUUGCCUUCAAAUACAAACAUAGACUGGAAUGAAUUAAUUUUGCCAAAAAAUAUAAAACCAUCAUACUAUCGUCUUCUAAUCCGGCCAUCAUUCGACUUAGAAGACAAUGUGUACAAAUACGAGGGAACAAUUUGGAUAACACUAUCGGCCCAAAAUUCAACUAAACAAAUCGAUUUAAAUUCCAAAGAUCUAACAAUUACAAAAGUCACUAUUGUGGACCACAAAAAAAUUUUAAACAGCGAUAAAUUACAAAUGCCAUUUGAAGAGGAUGAAUAUAAUGAAUCCAAAAUGAGUUUGAUUCCAAAACUUGUAAAAUAUUUCCAAUUGGGCGACUUUAUGUAUGAUGAUUUAACGUCAACUCCUGAUUCCACAAUUGUGACUUCAGAAAAUCCAGUGGAGUCUACCAUUAGUUCAAGAUUGACAGUGGGAUCUACAACUUCUGCAAAAAUGACAAGUGAAGAUAUGACGAUGAUGAAUAUUUUGGAACCGAUGGAAAGUUUGACAUUUGUUUUGAACGAAACUACGGAAAUUGUGAGUUUUUAUUUAAAAGAAGAAAUGGAACCUGGUGUAGAAUAUAUGCUGGAGAUUCUAUUUUCUGGUGAAAUAAAACAUGAAUACUCCGAGUUUUACUGGAAGAAUUAUAUGGAUAACGGAGAAUCCAAGCUAUUGUUAUCAACCAAUUUGCGACCAACAUUAGCCAGAAGUGUUUUUCCAUGUUUUGACGAACCCACGAUUGCAGCACCUUUUGAAAUUGCAAUUCAACGAAAACUUAAUAUGCAAUCUGUUUCAAAUUCUAUUUUAAAACAAUCUAUGAACAAAAACUUCGAUUUAGUAUGGGACUACUUCCAACCAACUCCUCCAAUAACGCCUUCAUCAGUAUUUUUCAUGGUGUCCGAAUUAUCCAAACAAGACAUCCAGAUCAAUGACAACACAUCUCUAACAGUAUGGUCAAAACAAGAACUUGUCGAAACUGUGGCUUCCAAAAUAGAUUUCUUAAAAUCCAUAUUGGAAACCUACUACAAAAUCUUAGAAAGUGCUGUUCCCCAACCACUCAAUUUAAAUCUGGUAGUCAUCCCUGGAAAUUAUUAUAAUGGCGAUGCUGCUCAUGGUGUAGUAAUUCUAAAAGAAAUGCAACUGUUGGAUUCAAACCUGGUUUCAACUCAAGAAUAUUUGGAAUCUGCCAAAAUUAUAUCAAAACAAAUUGCAUGUAGUUUAUUAACUAGUAUGGUACAAAUAAACGAUUUGUCAGGCAUCUGGAUUCCUGAAGCAAUAUUUAAAUAUUUAAGCCAAAUGAUUAUAUCUACGAUUGAACCGUCGCAAAUGAUGGUGAAUAGAUUUUUGGAAAAUGUUGCUCUGAUGGAAAGGGAUUCUAUGAGAGUGGCGCUGCUGAAUAUGUACCAAAACGUAUUUGGAGUCGAAAAUUUUAUGGAAAUAAUUCGAAGUUACAUAAACAAAGUAAAUGCAACAGAUACAUCCAACUUCUGGAAAUUUCUCAACAAACAUUUGACUGAAUCAAUAAAAAGUAAUAAUCCUCAGACGAGUUUCGUAGACGCCUGGAUUACCAGCAACGGAUAUCCAAUAGUAAACGCUACUAUUAAUCUUGCCAGUGGCAGUAUAACAUUAUAUCAGAACAAAUUUUCAGAGAAGCAUCCAACAAAUUUUUCCUGGAAUAUUCCAAUUUCAUUUACUUCAUCUCAUUCUGAUCCAAAAUGGUCUGGAACAGUACAACAUUGGAUGAUGGAUAAAAAUUCUAAAAUAAUGGAUUUGGAAGGGAGUGAAAUCGAGUGGAUAAUAUUAAAUGAUUUGAGAUCAGGUUAUUAUAGAGUCAACUACGAUGAAGAAACAUGGACUCUUAUUUUAGAUAUUUAUAAAACUAAACCAGAAGAUCUUGGUGAAAUAACAAAAGCACAACUUUUGGAUGAUGCUUUCAAAUUAGCUUUGAAUAACUAUAUAACAAUAGAUAUUCCUUUAAAUAUGACCAAAAGUUUAGGUACAGAAGAGUCACUAGUUGUUUGGAAAGUGGCAAUGGAAAACUUUAAAAUUCUUGAAAAUGUCAUGAGAUUUUCACCAAAUUAUGGUGACUUUAAGAACUAUAUGCUAUCAAUCCUAAACCCAAUAUUCAAUAAUAUCGAUCCAACACAAUCAAAAUCAGCCUUAGAAGCCUUGAUUUACAGAUGGACAUGCCAUUUUGGAAACAACGAUUGCAAAAUGUCUUCACAAAAAUUAACUACUGAAUUAAUCGAGAAAGAAUUCUCAAACGAUUUUGUUGUUGUCGAUUUUCAAGAAAGUAUUUUAUGCGCAGCUGUAGAAAAUUCUGAUUCAGAUGUGGAAAAGAUUUUCCAAGCUUUUGGAAAUGUGGAUUCUUAUAAGAAAAUUGUUUUGCUAAAAAGUUUAGCGUGCACAAAGGAGCAAUGGAUUUUAAAUAAGUAUGAUAAUAAAUUAUUGUGUUAA